AUGGUUGGGAAUGGAAGUUGUUCUCUCCCUAGCUUACCGUGCGGGAAGGUUUCCCAUCACAUGGCUCACCAACUUGAUCUUCUGCGGGAACCGUAUGUCCGAACAAGUCUGGAAAAAGAGGGUUCGACUCUCUCUUUUUUGGCUCAGAUUGAUUACCAAGACAGAGCAAAGCAGAAGGAUGAGGAGAGACUUGAGGUUGUAUGGCAGGGUUCAAAGUCUCUUGGUAUAUUCCCCUGCCAUUACGAUCUUUUUGAUGGCUUCACAUUUGAAUUAAAUGAUGAAUCUCCCCCAUUCAGGAUGGACUUGUCACUGUAUUCAACCCCAUCCAUUUACACUGAUGCAAACUAUGAAAAAUAUGAACCAUGGUCUGUUAUGAUGGAUGACUUCUUCCUGACAGAUGUUUGUGGUCACAAAAAGACCAAUGGAGGGGCAUGGUAGAGAAAUUAUUCAACUGGGCCUCCCCAUUGCUGAUGCACCUCCAGAAGAUGAACAUAUGGGUGGCAC